AAUACGCGAGCGAGCGGAGACAUUCGCACCUGCGCAUUAUAUCAAUGUGGUUUCGCGCUACAAUAAUGCGCUCUAGACAUCAGUCAUUAAAAUAACGCCAUAAAGCCGUGCUUCCUGUGUUGUGGACGGAGCGAGCAGCAGCGCAAUGCGGAGAUGAAGGCGCUUCGCUGCUUCUGCUUCAGCGUGUGUGCUCUGCUUCUGCUGGAAGAGUCCUCGGGAUUCAGAGAUCUGAGGCGUCCUGAGAACGUCAGCGUCGACUCGCUCAACACCCGUUAUGUGCUGCGGUGGGACUGGCCUCAUGAGACCGCCGCCAACCAGACUGUCACCUUCACUGCGCAGUAUCUAGAGGAGUUUCGGUCCCGGAAGGCCAGUAAUGAGAAGUACUGGACAUCGGUGUGUGUCAGUGUUUUGGAGCAUCGCUGUGAUUUCACUGGAGCUGAACUGCAUUACAAUGACUUAUAUCUGCUGCGUGUGUGGGCCAACACGUCUCAGCAGUCCUCCGGCUGGGUCCAGAUCAGAUUCUGUCCUGAUAAACACGCUGCUUUAGGUCCUCCCUCCAGCUUAAAGCUGAGCUCGAUUAAAGGAGAUCUAGAGAUCAUCAUCACCGACCCUCUGAGCAGCACUAACCAGUCCAUGAAAACUUUGCUGAACGACAGGUUGAGCUACCUCAUCCAGUACUGGAGGCGCUCUGCAGAGCCUCAGGUAUCUGUGCACACUCGCGCCAAAAGCUCUCGUAUGGGUUUCAGCAGCGGCUGCCUGUGGUUAAGUGACUCCGAGAAGCCGCAGCUGCUGGCUCCGGAGUCUCCAGAGUCUGUGUGUGAGCUGCUGGUCAUGGUCAGUGCUGAGCUGGACGCUGUGGCGGUGGAUGAGCACUCAAACACUGAGGAACAGGACUCCAGCACACACGGCCGACACGGCAGCGGAGACUCGGGCGUUUACUCCACAGAGGAGGACACCGGUCACAGAUCUGACCUACAGAUGAGCAGCAGAAAGCACAGAGAAGAGCUGCAUGAUGGGAUGCUGCUGGAGCUCUGUGCUUGA